ACGGGCAGGAGCAAACGCAGGUCGACCGCGAGAAGACGUGCCCCAUGCUGAUCCGAGUUUUUCCUAGCGAGGGCCGGCACCACAGCCUGGCGUACUACCAGGAUGGCCAAACCCCCGUCUCAGAGCUCCACCUCUACUCCUGGAUGGACGCCACGCUCGACGAACUCUCCAAGUGCGUGGCCCGGCUGAUGCCGGACUUGGCGAGCCACGGCACACACCUGGUGUUCGCGCGAGUCUUCCCCGACAAGAGACCGGAGUCCGAGCCGGGCAGCUACGCCAUGAAGGAGGUGGGCGUCGUCUGCUGCGGCGUCGCCGGUCUGGACGACGGCAAGACGCUGGCGCAGGCCAAGUUCUGCCCGGGGGACUUCAUCGACGUCGCGGUCUUACCCGGUCGCAGGCCGCGCUACUCCUACUGACGUGUUUCAGCUGAACACUCGGUCACGACUUGUAUAUUUUCGAAGUAUAUUUUAAGUGAGAUUUACUUUUUAAGGAAAACCUAUUUUCUAACUAAGAUGUAUUUUUUGCAGUAACAUGUACAUAUUUAAUAAGACGUAUAAUUUAGUAAGUUUUAUAUUUUUAGUAAGAUGUAUA